AUGGGAAAUUUCUGGAGGCAUAUUUCAGGACAUGACAUGCAAGAGAAGGCCAUGAACAACAUAGAAGAGAAAGGGCCUCUUGGAGAUCAUAAUAAGAUGAGAGAUUUCACAUCUUCUUCUUCAACAACAACAACAAGUACAACAGUGAAGAUCAAGAUUACAAAGAAACAACUCAAGGAGUUGCUGGGUAAGGCUGAAGUAAAGGGACUAUCAGUGCAACAAAUUCUGUCCCAGUUGAUGAAUGCUAGUAGUGAUCAUAGAUCAUAUGAGCCACAACAACAGUCCUGGAGGCCUAAUCUACAGAGUAUACCUGAGUGA